AUGUCCACCACCACCACCUCCGCCGCUCCCACCGGCACUGAACAGCCCCAGGAGACUGUCUCCGCCCCCGUCCAGACGACUACCACUACUACCGUCGUUACCACCACCAUUGAGCCUGCUCAGGCUGCCGCCGCCGCCGCUGAGAAGAAGGAGGAGGUCCAGGAAGUCAAGAAGGACAGCAAGGAUACUACUACCAAGCAACUGCCGCCGGGCACUUUGGUGCUGAAUGCCUUCAUGCUGUGCAUUGCUCUCGGAAUCAAAAACGCGUACAAUGAAAAGGGCAAGGAUGAGUUUCUCUUCUACAAGGGCAUACCGGGCAGUUGUGUGGAGAGCAGCUGGGACCCGUGGGGGUAUUGUCCCCCUCAGAUUGGGUCUCAUCCCCCAAUGCGUAGAGGCUUCUUAAGCUCCUGGGUCGACAUUGUAAAAGAAGCCGAAAUAGCACAAACCAUAUACCAAGUCCAGACCAGCAGCACUUCCUGGACCACAAACAGCAGUUUUUCGGCUAGUCCUGCCGCCGCCGCCGCCGCCACUGCUGCUUCUGCGCGUGAAACUCUAGAUGGGCUUAUGAGGGAAGAGGGAAGAUUGCGGCAGGAACUAGAGGAAUUAGAGGAGCGCCAACAAAAGUCCAUUGUUGAACUCAACAACCUCAACAACGACGCCGACGCCGACGCCGACGCAGUCUACGACCCAAACGCGGUAGAUGUAGAUGACGUGUGCGACCUAGCCGGCCAAAUGGAGAAGUCCCCUGAACCCAACACUUCCGACACCAUCGACGACGCGGACGUGAACAACCCAACCGGGGCGGACGGGCAGAUGAAGAUGUUGGACGCCGAAACCAACCUUGACGCCCAGAGCCGCACAAUACCGGAGGUAGAUACAGCGGGAAACACCGUCACGACUAUGACCGAGGCCACGAAUACGGGCGGCAGUGCUCCUGCCGGUGAUGCAACGGGACCUUGAAGAGGGAAAAGCGUCGGUCUCUGGUCAUGGUCAUAGGGCGGGCGCAAAG